AUGGCGGCAGAGUACAAGCAAAUUUUGAAUGAAAUUCAAAAACAAAAUGGUAACAAGAACUGUGUGGAUUGUGGAGCACCGAAUCCACAGUGGGCUUCAGUUUCUUUUGGUAUUUUCAUUUGUUUAGAAUGUUCAGGUGUACAUCGAUCAUUUGGGGUUCAUGUUAGUUUUGUUCGUUCAAUCACGAUGGAUAAAUGGUAUGAAGAUCAAAUAAAAAAGAUGAAAGUAAGUAACACAGCAUGGCGAGAUUUUUACGAAGCUUCAUCAGAAUAUUAUCCAGAGAUGUCUUUAAAAGACAAAUAUCAUAGUAGCUUUGCAUCAAGAAGAAAAUGGACAUCGCCAUCUUCAACAUCAAUGAGUCGCCAAUCAAACCGUCCUACAUCAAUCAGUGGCAAACGUACUUCUGUUCAAACACCUAAUCGAGCAGAUACUUCAAGUCCUACGUCUUAUAAAUCAUAUCAAUUAGAUAAUAAUAUUAACGGAACUUUACCAAACGAAACACGUAAUGAUGCAUAUUUUGCAAAUCUUGGACGUGCAAAUGAAAACAGACCGGAUAAUAUACCACCAAGUCAAGGUGGAAAAUAUACUGGAUUUGGUAAUCCCGCAUUUACGAAUGAACCUUCAACGACCUCAAAAGCUGCACCGGAUCUAGACGAAUUAAUAAAAAACCCUGUUGGUGCUUUGACUAAAGGUUUAAACUUUUUGGGAUAUCAUGUUGUAGAAGGUGCUAAAUUAGCUGCGCAAGGUGCAGAAACCUUAGGACAUACUGUUAAUGAGCACGUGAUAAAACCUACCACCGACAAAGUCAGAGAUCCGGAAUUCACUCAACAGAUUUCUGGAAGUAAUUCACCAUUAAAUCGUACUAAUAUUACUAAUACGCGUUCUGCGUCGCCAAAAGCUUCUGCUACUUCAACAACUACACGAAGAAGGGGUGAAUCGAAAAAAGAUGAUGGAUGGGAGGAUGAAUGGAGUAGUUGGUGA